GGUCACCAGAGGUCAGCAUUGCUCGGUAGCAGGCUGUUGCUGUGAACGGGAGAGCUGGGCGAUGGCGUGUAAACAAUAGGAUAGUAGGACAUACUGCAGACCGUGAUGUUAUGCUCACAGAUGAUGUUUCUUUUAUUCUAGAUGGUGUUUAUGGUCCUCGGUUGAUGCUUGGUUCAUGUUUUAAGGAUCAUGUUAGAGAGAUGCGCUCCUCCGUGCUGAGGGAUGAUGCGCAGUGCGCUUAGCUGCCGCUGACUGCUGGAGCUGCUGGGUCUGCUGCUGCAGUGUAAACAAGCCUGCCUGAGCCUGCAGCGAGCUGCUGUCUGUGGGCGAAAACACCGACACACUGCACAAUGCUAGUGGACCCUUCAUCUUUAAACGAGCACAGUUAGUUUCAUCAUGAACCCUCCGUGCAGCGGAGACGCUUGCUUUCCUUUCUGAUUCAACUGGACAUCUAUCAGUCAGCACAUCAUCCUACAUCAUCCUAUAUCGUUUGAUUCAUCACAUGGACUUCUUGAAUCAGGGGGAAAUGAGUGACAACAACCAGGAGCCAUCGGACGCGGAGGAGGACUCGUCUCCGUCUCCGUCCGGCAGCUCGCCCUCUCCUCUCCGGCCGCCCUGCGACCGCCUCUCCUGCAGCAAGAGCAGCGUGUGCUCCCGCUCCUACUUCGUGGUUGUGAUGGUGUUUUUUCACGUGUACAUCAUUAAUGUCAUAGCCCUGCUGUUUUACGUUCACUACAACAGCGGAACCGAGGACACCAGCCAGAGUCGUGAUGCUCCGAGAGGCGGUGACCACCAGCAGAGACCUGAGGAGAGACGACCUCCUCCAUCAAAGACCGAGUUCCUGCGAGAUGUCUCUUUGACGAGACUGGAGGGGAUCAGGGUGGGACACGUCCAGAAGGUGUCAUUGGUGCCCAGCAAAGUGCAUGAGAUGCGGACUCUGAGUCUGAAACCUCUGCUGUUUGAGAUCCCUGGGUUUCUGUCGGAGGACGAGUGCCGUGUUGUGACGCAGCUUGCACAGCUGAAGGGUCUGAUGGAGAGCCAGCUAAUGGUGCAAGACGGCCAGGAAGAGCUGGCAAAGGAGCUCAACCUCAGCCCAGACGAGAUCUUCAACCUUCUGGAUAUCAACCAGGAUGGACAGUUGCAGCUUCAUGAGAUACUGACUCAUUCUCGAGUGAGGGACGGCAUCUGGCUCACACCAGAGAAUCUGCGAGAAAUCUAUGCCGGGCUUAAAGCUGACAAGGAUGGUAACGGUUUGCUGAGUCUGGAAGAGUUCAGGCUUCUGAGCAGCGAUGCCUUCCAGCGCUUCCUGGUGCAGCGAGGGGUGAAAAGGAGCCAGCUGGUGAGGAAUAGCAGACACACCUGGCUGUAUCAGGGCAAAGGGGCACAUCGGGUCCUCCAAGACAUCAAGGAGAGGGUGACUAGCCUCACUCGGCUCCCGCCCGCACUAGUGGACCUCAGUGAGCCGCUCCAGGUGGUUCGCUAUGAGGAGGGAGGACACUACCACGCCCACCACGACAGCGGCCCUGUGUAUCCUGAAACAGCCUGCACACACACGCGCCUCGCAGCAAACACCUCCACUCCUUUUGAGACGUCUUGCAGGUACAUCACAGUUCUCUUCUACCUGAACUCUGUUGAGGGGGGCGGGGAGACCGCAUUCCCUGUGGCAGACAACAGGACCUAUGAUGAAGUGUGUCUCAUACAGAACGACGUCGAUCUUUUGGACACCAGAAGGAAUUGUGACAAGAGCAACCUGAGAGUGAAGCCUACCAAAGGCACAGCUGUUUUCUGGUACAACUACCUUUCUAAUGGAAGAGGUUGGGUGGGAGAGCAGGAUGAGUACGCUCUGCAUGGAGGCUGUGUGGUCACCCAUGGCACUAAGUGGGUCGCAAAUAAAUGGAUCAACAUUGAUCCGGAUUACCAGCGGCAGGCUCGCUACCAGCAGCUGGUUUCACAGCAGCCAGAGGAUGAGGAUGAUGAAGAUAUGACUAUGAACCCAGACACACAGAGUUCUGAUAUCCAUCAAGACUUGUAGCUCAUAAACCAAAUUUAUAAAUACAAACAAAAAAAUCUACCUAGCCUUCCUCAGUCCUGUGCACAACUUCUUUGACAACGUCCUCUGUGGCCGGUAUGUAGAGACACGAUUUAUUCAGGGAAUGAGGUCACAGUGGGUUUAUGCAACUGUAAAGAGAUGCUUUUGUUAAAUAUUGCUUGGAUAUUGUUAUCCUGUUAUUUUUUAAUCUCCUAUAAUUUCCCAUUUUAGGAAUGUUGCACUAGAAACUCAUUAAAGGAGUUGAGACAAAAAAAAAUCCCUUUGCAUGCAUUAGCUUCACAGAUGUUGCUGUUGCUAUGAGCAGAAAUUGCACUUGAAAAUUGAAAUGGCUACUGUAAACAUUUCAAUGUCCCACCUUGUUAUUGCUGCCAUUACCAAAAAACACUCACACACCGUCAGUGUGAUGCAUGUUGUCUUGUAUGUGUUCCUUGAAUUCCUCCUUAUUUUCUACCACAUUCUUCUUGAAAGAUUUUGCUUGGAUGGAUUUAUUUUUUUCUCUAAAAAUGCACUCUAUCAUUCUCCCACUUUGAAUAAAGUUAAAUUAAACUCA